UACCUUGGUCUUUUUGAUACCCUUUACGUGUCUUGUCAGCUGGCCGGAUAUAUAUCGGAUUAAAACUAAUAACUCUCCUUUUAACCUUUCAAUUCUUUGCUCUAUGAUGCUUUUUCUUUUGCUUUUCACCUUUUCGCUUUUGGGUUACUGGAGGCGUUUCGUAUUCCAGUACGGGACGGAGGAGAUCACCUUAGGACAGCAAACCGCGGAGCUACGAAAAUUCUCAUCAAACGACAAGAGAGAAAAGGAAACCAACUGGGGCCAGCUUUGUUCAGUUUUUAUGUGUUCACUAUUCCCAUAUGAGUCGAUAUUAUAUUGUUAUUGCUUGUUCUACAGCCUAGCCCCGGCCUUCUCAGAGUGCCGGAGAUGAGGCUUAUGGUGAUGAUGAGAGGGAAAUGCAAGCAGGACUGCAGUGGUUAUGUGGUAAUUGAAUUCUUCGCCUUGAAACGAAACUUGUUACCAGAUCAGGAGGAGAUUCCCUGUCGAAA